AUGAGCCUGGACACCAGUGGAUUGCGGCAAAGGCGAACAGGUGUUUCAAAAAUUGUCGAAGAUCUUGACAUUUUUGAAAAAGUCGUGGACAAUGUAAAAGAAGAAAAGAAGGUGUCAUCGGGUUUAAUCUCCCUUAUUUGUUUUUCUGCGAUCAUCUGUCUUGUUGUUGGGGAAUUAGUGCAUUAUAUUUCUGGAAACAAAGAGUAUGAUUAUCGUUUCGAAGUGGACACUUCAAUGGAUGAUAUGCCUACUCUCGACGUCGAUAUGGUAGUGGCAACGCCAUGUAAUAAUCUCGCUGUCUUCAGUACUAUGGACGAGAGUGGAGGAAUAUUUGCUCCUCUCAAACAAACUAUCAAAAAAGAUCCUACAAGAUUUGAGCUGACUGAUGAGGAGCAACUCUACUGGACUGUGCUUCGGCAUGCUCAUUCCACAAUGAACGAAGCCGGCUUUAGAGGUCUUGAGGAGCUGCAAUAUGUUGACUCGAAUGUUGAAGAAAAUCUGGAAUACCUCGCCAACCAGAAACAGCAAGAUGAAGCGGCGGCCAUUAGCGAACAACGAAAGAAUCGAAAAGAUGACUCGAAAAAUCCACUAGGGCUUGGUCAAAUUGUUGUGAUGGUAGGCAACGGUAUGGGAAUGUUCCAAAUCAUCUCUUCAAAUAGUGAAGAUGAAGGAACUGCGUGUAGAGUCCAUGGGAAAUUUCCCGUGAGAAAAGGUAAAGAAGAAACAAUUACAAUAUCAAUCGGUUCAGCUCUAGGCAUGGGAAUCUUUGCCCAUAUUGAGGGUGCUCAGUCAUCAGGAAAUAUUUCACAUCGGAUUGAAAAGUUCAAUUUCGGCCCCAGAGUUAGAGGUCUCGUCGCCCCUCUUGCUGGAGCUGAACAAAUCUCAAAAAGUGGUCACGAUAUUUAUCGCUAUUCUAUCAAGGUGGUUCCGACGAGAAUACAUGGGAUCUUUGGUACAUAUACGAUAACUUAUCAAUAUUCAGUCACUUUUUUGAAAAAGCAACUGGCAGAAGGUGAACAUAGCCGUGGAGGUAUUCUAUUCGAGUACGAGUUUUGUGCGAAUGUAAUCGAAGUUAGAGAAGUUAAAAAAGUCCAUGGGAAAUUUCCCGUGAGAAAAGGUAAAGAAGAAACAAUUACAAUAUCAAUCGGUUCAGCUCUAGGCAUGGGAAUCUUUGCCCAUAUUGAGGGUGCUCAGUCAUCAGGAAAUAUUUCACAUCGGAUUGAAAAGUUCAAUUUCGGCCCCAGAGUUAGAGGUCUCGUCGCCCCUCUUGCUGGAGCUGAACAAAUCUCAAAAAGUGGUAAGUCACUCAUUGCUCUUUUUAUUCGCUUAUGUGCUGUUGUGGGUGGAGUGUUUGCCACAAGUCGAAUGAUCAACAAUAUAAUCCAGUUGCUGCUCAGUUACUUCAGUUGGAGCAGUCAUCCUCCAGAUCACCCGUCGGCGUCCCUUCUAGAAAAGCCUUCAGUGGAUUCCAAAGUUUCGGUCCGCUGA